AUGGAAAUGAAGACUCAUUCUCCAGAUACCGCUAGAUACAGAUACCCCAGGCUAGAAGCGCAGAAUAAUAAGCCAAAAAUACGAUCGUUUUUUUAUAUGAAGGCAAAAGUCCACAUUUUUAUACACACGUUACGGUCAGAAGUCGAUAAAAUUGACAGCAGAUGUUUCAGAGGACUUGACUACCAUUAUCGCCUUGAAGGCAUAAAGCAUGGGAGCCUGGCGUCAUAUAUCCUCAAUAACGUGGGAGACCACCCGGCAGAUCUAUGGAAUGGCCAACGGUUGCACUCGAGACAGCAUCCUGGGCUCAAACCGAGAGUAGUUGGAGAGGUAAGAAUAUAUAGAGACAAGGCUGGCAAGCUAGACAAGGUGGAGGGAACGGAUUUAACUAUACCUUUCCGUGAUAUGUUAUUUCGUCGUCCUGGCCCUAGUCAAGGGGAGGGUGAUUUUGUAUUUGCAGAGGAACUCCUCGAGCUUGUCAAGGAUGUUAAGGAUAAUAUGGGGUAA